UACGAUGCGAUAAGCUCACUAACGAAGGUCAUCUAUGUCAAUCUGACCAGACUACAUCCCGUCCACAACCAAGUUUGAUGACUUGCAAACGUGUUAUAUUAAAAGGAAUUUAAUGUUUGUGUUAAUUAAUAAUUAAUCGAAAUGGAAAGGAUUCUUCGAGGCAUCAUGAGAUAUCGUGUGUUGGACCGAUCGAGCAUGGUGAAACAGUUUCAACAAGUCAAAGACAAUCCAGUGCCUAAAGCAGUAUUCUACACAUGCAUGGACAGUCGAAUGAUUCCUACUAGAUUUACGGAAACCAGUGUAGGCGACAUGUUUGUUGUUCGAAACGCCGGAAAUCUGAUCCCUCACGCUCAGCACUUUGUAGACGAGAUGACAAGCUGCGAACCAGCUGCGUUGGAACUUGGCUGCAUAAUUAACGAUAUAAGGCACAUUAUUGUGUGCGGCCAUAGUGACUGUAAAGCUAUGAAUCUCUUAUACAAGUUAAAAAGCAAAGAAGAGUCAAACACGGAACAAAGAAGAAUGUCUCCCUUAAGAUCAUGGUUGUGUAAUCAUGGGCAAACAAGCUUGGACAAAUUCAUCGCAAUGGACGGCGAUUUCUCAAAACCUAUGUUGUUUGCAGCUGAAACACCACAAACUAAAUUUGUAGCAUAUAUCGAUCCUGAAAACAAAUUUAGUACAGAAGACAAAUUAUCUCAGGUUAAUACAUUACAACAAGUUCAAAAUAUUGCAUCUUAUGCAGACGAGCCAAAACGUUUGUGGUCAUCGAUGAGUCUACCUAUGAAACAAUAUUAGCUGAAGUAAGAAGAUAUUAUUCGUAGAACAUAUUUCUUGAACCAUUUUGCCAAACGAGUCACGCAACUCAUGUCAUGUCAUGUAGCAUUAUUGUAUUGUAUUCGUAUGACAUAUCGUGCCAGAAAUAUAGUGGCUAGUGGCGACGGACCACGCCGAUUACUUCAACAGAAAUUACUUACCUAUAGUAACGGCACCAGUCAUGGGACUUGUAAGAGGAAAUUUGGAGUAUUUGUUAUAUUUCCCUGAUACAUGUAAAAUGUUACCGCUUUGCGUGUUAGAAGUUGAAUGUCCUAUCCGUCUUUUAUGUUUCAGGCGUGUUGUAUCAAAGAUUCAGCAAUUAGUUUCCACAUAAUUAACAAUUUAAUUACUAUGUGUUUUUCUCCAGUCAUGGUCAGCAAAGCUC